GAAACCUCAUUUCCGGGGCCCCAGCGGCCGGUGGCGGGACCUGUAGCUGUUGGCCCAGCGGGCGCUGGGCAAAGGCCCCACGUGGGGUGGCGGCUGGUGUACAGACCGCGGCGGGAGAGAGGCGCGGUAGGAACGGGUCUUUGGAGCCGUGACCGGCGCAGGUGCGGGAAUCCGUGGUGCCGCCCGCAUUCUCUCGGAGCAGGAGACUUCCUCUCUGGCCUGUUGCUAUGGCCGCCGGACCACGUUGCUAAGGAGCCUGGAGAUGUUGAGCGCCAAGAGCUCGCCCUUCGUGGUCGGGCUUUGACCGAGAGUUGCCUUGUCGGCCUUAUUUGAAACUGGCCGCCUUUCUCCCACUCUCCCCGACCUUCUUAAAAAAACAAAAAAACCCCAGCUUUCUCUCCAUUUUUUUCUCUCCAUGUCCUUCUCAUUUUCUAACUUUGACAACAUCCCGGCUCUGAACUGGUCUUAGGUAUUUGGAAAUGUGUGGUGUUGGAGGCGGAGAGGCUAGGAAAAUGGAAAGAUAUUAAGAUCCUUAAUACUGGCUGUUUGGAUUUACAGUACUUUAUGGUGAAAAGGAUUGGGAUAGGUGAAUAUUGGGCUAUGUCGCUGUUCUUUGGAAUUUGAAGGAGUUUUAGAGAUGGAGCUCAUCUUCUUUUGUGGGGCUCCUAUUACACUUUUGGAACUUCCCAAACACCAGAUUAGAGAGUAGGGAAAAAAAAAGUGGCCUCUGCCUCUGAGAAUUUGCCAGAUAGUUUAGUGCAGUGGUCUCAAAGCCAAGUGCGAGAAGAAAAUGCAUGUGGGAAAAGAAAUAGGUUAUAUGAACUGUCCAAAACAAUGAAAAAAGAGUACGCUUUCCUGGCAUUGACCCAGAUGCCUAUAAUCCCUUGUAGAUGACCUGCAGCAUCUAAGGAAACCUAAGGUAAAAAUGAGGGGUCCACAGUGGGGGCCCUCCUUGGUUUGUUUGCUCUCUGAUACUGUGACAUAGUUUAGGUGAUGGGGUUAAGUGGAUUUAUGGAUUUUAGUGUCUAUUUAGGAUUUAUAUAUUGUUUUGUAAAAGAUUGAGGGGUGUCUGUUGCAAUAUUUAGAACACAAAAUAGUUCUUACUUUUUCACUUCCUCCCACCAUUAACCCUUUAUAUCACCCCCCACAUGUUAUGUAACCAAAAAGCACUCAAAAUUUAGUGUAAGAUGAAUUAAGCUUUUUUCCCUUUACAAACAACUUAUGCUCUGGGUUUGCUGUCAGUGGUAUGCUGCGAGGUGGAUAUUAUUUUUAAAAAUUGAGUACACUUCAUUUGUCUGUAAAGUAAAGGGUGAUACUUUUUAACAGUAACUGAAAAACUAAUUGUUUUGGAAAGAAACUAACAGGGUGUUUUGGAAGUGGACAGAGAAAUGUUUGCAUCAUUGUGUGUGUGUAUGUUUUGAUAUUGUUGCUGAAAAUUACAUAAUUGUAUUACACAUAAAAACUGUCCUGUAUACUUAAAACCUUUGGAAGCUCAAAUUUCUAACAUGUUUGUCAAGUGAAGAGUUUCAGUGGCUUUUUGAACGUAUUCAAAAUAUAACGUAGCACUUUCGUGUUAGUGCCUUACAGAAACAGCUAUGUGACAUAAAAGGAGAUAGAUAGAAAUUGAGUCAUUCUAACAACAACUUUUGCAGAAUUGGAAGGUAAUAUUGAAAAAUGUGCAUCAUGAUUUGACGUGGUGAACAAUGCUAUUUUUCUGUUUGUAAGUAGGUAUCUUUGUGAUGCAUCUUUUUCAGAUAUGACAGCUAUUACAAUUUACAACCAGAAAAAAAAAACUGAAUUUAAAUCAGGUCUUCAAAUUGAUAGCACAAGUAUUAAGCCAAUUUUUUCAAAAAGGAGAAGACAUAAUUUAGUUACAUUGACCCCCACUAUUAUUAGUAAUACUAAAAACAUUUUGUACCAUUAUAAAGAAAAUGACAAUAGCUAAACUCAUAUAGUACUUACUGUGUGCCAACCACUUUUCUAAAGUCUUCAUCUACUUUUAGAGUAGCUAGCUACUGUAAUUAUCCCCAGUUAUAGACUUGAGGAAACUCAAGUUUCCUUGACACAGAUUUUUUUUCUUUAUUAAACAGAAACUUAGAUCAUAUUGUUCCCCAUCAGGAGUUCUCAAAACAGAGACCAGGUGCAACAGUAAAUACUUGUUGAAUAAUCACUGAAGUGCAGUAUUAGGUUGACGUAAUUAAAGCCUGCCUUAGCUUAUCUUAGAAUAUUAUCUGACAAAUUUAAUGAGCUAAUUACCAUAUUUCUAGAAAAUGCCUUGGGGAUGAAUGUGAAGUGUAAUAUUGGGAAGUAACUCAUCUGCUGGUAGUAGGAUGAGAAAAUUAGAUCAGUGUAUUAAAUCAAGAACGUUGAAAUUUAAAAUUAUUCUGUGUACAGAAAUAAUCUUAACAUUUAGUUUAUCUUUACAAGGUACUUUGGUCACAUCGUAUUUGAAAUAUUUGGGGGCUGAAUGUUAUUACAUGGAGCUUUGUCCUUGUGAAGAUUUCUAAUUUGUCAAGUGAAUUAAAAUAAUCUCAUGUUAGUACUCAUUUAAGAAGGCAUCAGCAUUUAUCCUGAAAAAGAGAAAACUAAGGAGUUAUGACCCAUGUCUUCAAAUAUUUGAAAAGCUGUCAUUUGGAAGUGGAAGAAGACUUCACCUGUGUUGCCUUAAGAGAAGAUCUUACAGAUCUUGUAGAAAAAUAAUUAACGACUUAAAGUGGGAAGUGCUCUAAUGGAAGAAUAAUUGCAGUGUCAUAUAAAUGGGGGAAUGGAGUAACCAGAUAGAAAUAAGAAGAAGGAAGCAGUGCAUAAAUCAGAGUGCUGUGGAUGUGGACAUUUGAGAAACAGAAGAUCAGGAAAGGCUGCAUGGCACUUGGGAUUGGAGCUAGACCUAGAAAUACCAGCAGGCAGUUGAGUGUAUGAGUCUGAGUGUUGUGGUGGAAGAUUCCUUGAAAUAAUUUGAUUAGGCAGGGAAUCAAGGGCUAUGAAUGAGAGCUCUCCCAUUAGCAGAAAAGAGGGAACUGUGAAAGAGGGAGAAGUGAACUACCAUUCACUGGAUAAGCAACUUUAUAUAUUACCUUAUUUAACCUUCAAUAGCAGCCUUGAUAGGUUUGUAUUAUUUCCCCCAUUUUCAUAGGUCAAGAAGUCAAGGCUCAGAGAGAUUAAAUAAUCUGCUUAAAUUCUUAAACAUAUAAUUGGUAGAGAUGAGAUGCAGACCCAGAUCUGAGCCCAAAGCUCCUACCUUGUCACACCACACUGAUCACAUCUGUAGGGUUGAGUGUAGGAAACGGAAGAAAAGGAGACAACAGAGAUCCUAAAUUUUUCAGCCUGAGGGACCAGAAAACUGGUUGUACCUUGAAUUAACAAGAGGUUCAUAACUUCAGUGUGAUAACUUCAGUUUUGGUUACGUUCAAUUUAGGGAACUUAUGGUACAUUUAGUAGGAGAGUUCAUUUUGUCACUGGAAAAGUAGGACUUGUUAUGCAGAUGUUAACGUUUGGAACUUUGGAAAUACGGAGGCCAGAGAAGGUGAAGACAAUAUGGAACAUGCCAGCCACUUUUUCCAGAAAUCUGGUCUGCAUUUUCUGAAUAUAGCCAGAGGAUUACAGAGCAAAAGAGAAGCAAUGCAGAAAUCCGAGUGCCAUAGAGGCAUACAGUUAAGAAACAGAGUGACAGAUAACUGUGAUCAAAGGACAUCAUCAAGUGCACAAAUAAAACAUAGGACUACAGUUCAACAAAGGAAAUCCUCCUCGUCAACCAGUUCUCCAGAAUCUGCAAGACAUCCUCGACCAAGUGAUAAACUUAACCCUAAAACAAUUAACCCUUUUGGUGAACAGUCACGAGCCCCUUCUGCAUUUGCAGCUAUUUACUCUAAGGGAGGUGUUCCUUGCAGAUUGGUCCAUGGUUCAGUAAAACACAGGUUACAGUGGGAGUGUCCUCCUGAAAAGCUUCCAUUUGAUCCUCUUCUUAUUACUUUAGCUGAGGGUCUGAGGGAGACUAAACAUCCAUACACCUUUGUGUCAAAGGAGGGUUUUAGAGAAUUACUUUCGGUCACAGGUGCUCUUGAAAAAGCUGUGCCUUUGCUUCCUAGACUGAUUCCUGUGCUGAAGGCAGCUCUGGUCCACUUGGAUGACGAAGUGUUUGAAAGAGGAUUGAAUGCUCUGGUACAGUUAAGUGUCGUUGUUGGCCCUUCUCUAAAUGACCAUCUGAAACAUCUGCUUACAAGUCUUUCCAGGAGACUAAGGGACAAGAAAUUCAAAGAACCAAUCACCACUGCAUUACAGAAGCUGGAGCAGCAUGGUGGAAGUAAGCUGAUUCUGGAUCAUUCUACAGGGAAAGGAGUAGCGGGAGAGAAACAUCUGGGCAGGAAGAGCGCCGUUAGGGACCCGGCUGGCCACACCAAAUCCAAGGCUAACAGACUUCUGAAGGGCUGGAGAUUAGGGGCAGCAAUAUUCUGUCCCAGAAGCCUCGGAGAACACCCUUUCUUUGCUCCAUCCUCAGAGCAAGUUGAUGUCAUUGGCCCAAGAUACCUUCUAUUUGAAGAGCCCAAUGCUCAAAACUCAACUCGGGGGAAAGCUAGUGAGAGAAAGAGGACAUAUGGACAUUGAACCACAUCCAGGCUUCAGGCUGCCAAAUCGGAAGAAACAUUACAGGGGACUGGUACCUAUGACAAUCUCACGUCUUCCCCACUAACUGCUGCUGCCACAUCGGAGUCGAGCCCACUGGCCUCGCCUUGACCACUGCCAGCUUCUCCUCCUAUUUUCCCGAUGAUAUUUCUCGGUUAAGUUGUGAGAUGACACAUUGAGUUUCCUGGCCCAGAAUCUUCAUUUUAGUAGCGCUCAAUCUCUAUGAGCAUCUAGGAUGUGUGAGGAAGCACUUUGCUGCCCUGGUCACUCUGCCCCAGGGCCAAACUGAAUGACCUCUCAGCAGGCUGCACCUCCCUUUUGUCAUCCUGACUCCACAAAGUGUUGAAAUGUAAGUCUACCAAUUUAAUUUUAAUAUCUCUUGAACUUGUCUCCUCCUCUCCAAUGCCUUAUCUGUAGUUCGGGCUGACAUCAGCUCCUGUCUGGACUCUUGGAUAAAUAGCUGCUAAAUGGACUUGUGUCUAGGAACACAGCCCUGAUACCUUAACUUCCCCGCUGAAAAUUCUCCAAGGGCGCCUCACCUCCUGCAAGAUAAUUCAGCCUCCUUAGCAUCCUGCCUCAGAUGUGUGAGGAUCUGUCCUCCGCCACCUUACACAGCUUUCCUGUCACCCUCCUCUUUUGUAUUCCACCUUCUAGGUGGUUUACAAAUGCUUUCUCUUCAUUCCCAGGCCUCUGCCUCACUCCCACUGCUUCCCAUCCUGAGCCCUUACUCUCUUGAGCAUCUCCGGCUUGUCCUUCAGACCUAGUUCAUCAAGUCCAUGGACAGGCUUCCCUGAUACAGCCCCACCAGUGCCCUUCCUUGUUGAUUCCACACCAUCAUCUGCUUUCCUUUAUCCUGGCACUCACUGAAAUUUCUGCUCAUGUGUAAGAUGCACCCUUCCCAAUCCUAAAUAUGCAUACCCUCUAAGUUAUCUGGUUCCUAUUAUAAACAGUGACAAUUCUGCCCCCAAUUCCAGCGUGUGAGUGGGGAUUUCCUCACACCAUCAAGUUAUCUCCAACACCAGAUGUGUGUCUUAUAAUUGAACUUAACGCUGAUACUUUCUACCUGGAGACAGAGCCAGAUACUACAUCAUUGCCCCCUCCCAGCCCCCAGCUUCAGAUGCUACUUGCAAGUAUAGGUUGUCACCUGUGCUUCUGACCAAUAGGUUACAUAUUGGAGGUUCCAACAAACCUUUUCUAGGGUUCAAUGACUUUGCUAGAGCAGCUCACAGAACUCAGGGAAACAUUUACUUACUAGAUUACUUGUUUUUUUAAGAGGAUAUAUCUCAGGAACAUCCAAGUGGAAGAGAUGCACAGGGCAAGGCAUGGGGAAAGGGCUUGAGCUUCCAUGCCCUCUCAGAGCCCCCAGCUCUCCCUAAAUCUCCGGGUGUUCACCAACUGGGAAGCUCUCUGAAUCCUGUCCUUUUGGGUUUUUAAGGAGGCUUCAUUACAGAGGCAUGAUUAAUUAAAUCAUCGGCCAUUGGUGAUUGAACUCAGUCUCUAGCUCCUCUCCCCUCUCAGGAGGACAGGACGGAGGGACUGAAAGUUCCAACUCUCUAAAAUCAAGUGGUUGGUUCUCCUGGCAACCAGCCCCCACCUCUAGCUGAGGUUCAAAAUUCACCUCAUUAACAUAACAAAAGACAUCUUUGUUGUUCUCCUCACUUAAAACCCAAUGUUUUAGGAGUUCUUUGUCAGAAACUGGGGACUAAGACCAAAUAUAUAUUUCUUUUCUUGGAUAUAUAUUUCUUAUUAUAAAUCACAAUAUCACACAUAUAUUAAAGAGUGAUAAUAAUUCUACUCGCUAGAGACAAAGCACAGCCAUUCAGAAUAUAAGCAAAUAGAUGAUUUACACAUUCUACCCAUGUAAUAUAAAUAAAAUAUACAUAAUAAAACAAAAUAAUACAUAAUAUAUAAGUAAAUGUAAUAAAUAUAUAAAUAAAUAUAAAUAAAAUAUAUUUUAUUUAUUAUUAUUCUAUUAUAAAUAAAUAAUGUAUUUAUCUAUGUGAAUACUCGGGACAUAUUUCAUCUUACUGAUGCUUACAUGUAGUAUUUUAUGAACAAAAUUAAAUACAAAUCACUUGAAGUACAUAAUUUGAAAAGGAAUUUCCUUAUAAAAUUGUCAGUGUGGUGAAUGUAGCAUUUUGUUAUAUUUAAUUUCUUUCUUCUAUCUCUCACUUACGGACCUUCGAGAGCAGAGUUUUUAUCAGCUUUGUAUUUCCAAGGCCUACCACAGUAACAGGCCCACAGUGGAUGCCAGUAAAUACUAAUUAAAUUGUUUGCUUUCUGGGUUUGCUGUCAUGCAGUUGGGAAAAUGCACUUUUCUUGUAUAAACACAUAGAAAGUACUAGAAAGCAAACUCAAUGUAUUCUGUCAUUCGCACUUAUUUUGAAAGAUAAGAGCAGCUUCUUGACAAUACAAUGAGGGAAAGUAACUGUUCUUAGGCUUUUUCUUUCCUCUCCUCAAAAAUUAUCAGGCAGUACUAAGAGAGAAGUUUAUAACAAUAGAUGCCUACAUUAAAAAAAGGAGAGAUGUCUCAAAUAAGCAAUGUAACUUUAUCCCUCAAAGAGACAGAGAAAGCACAAACUAAGCUUAAAUUAGAAAGAGGAAAUAACAAAAAUUAGAGCAGAAAUAAAUAAAAUAGAGAAUAGAAAAACAAUAGAAAAAAAAUCAAUGAAACCAAGAGUUGGUGUUUUGAAAAGAUAGACAAAAUUGACAAACCCUUAGCUGGACUAAGAAAAAAAGAGAGAAGACUCAAAUAAAUAAAUAAAUCAGAACUGAAAGAGGAAAUAUUGUAACUGAUGUUACAGAAAUAAAAAGAAUCAUAAGAGACUACUAUGAAAAAUUCUGUGCCCACAGAUUGGUAACCUAAAGAAAAAGUGGAUAAAUUCCUAGAUACACACACACAACUUACCAAGAUUGAAUCAUGAAGAAAUAGAAAGUCUGAACAGACCUAUAACUAGGAGAUUGACCCAGUAAUCAAAAACCUCCCAACAAAGAAAAGCCCAGCAGCAGAUGUCUUCACUGGUGAAUUCUUCCAAACAUUUAAAGAACUAACACCAAUGCUUUUCAAACUCUUUCAAAGAAUUGAUGUGGAAGGAAUACUUCCAAAUGAGGUCAGCAUUACCCUGGUGCCAAAGCCAGACAAAGACAUCACAAGAAAACUACAGGCCAAUAUUCCUGAUAAACAUAGAUGCAAAAAUCCUCAACAAAACACUAGUAAACCAAAUCCAACAGCACAUUAAAAAGAUCAUGCACCAUGACCAAGUAGAAUUUAUCCCUGGGAUGGAAGGCUGAAUCAACAUAUGAAAAUCAAUUAAUGUGAUACACCACACUGACAGAAUUAAGGGUACAAAUCAUAUGAUCAUCUCAAUAGAUGCAGAAAAAGCAUCUAUUGACAAAUUCAAUACCCUUUCAUGAUAUAUACUGUCAACUAGGAAAAGAAGGAAAGCAUCUCUACAUAAUAAAGGCCAUACAUGAAAAGGCCAUAGCUAACAUCACACUCCGUGGAGAAAAACAGAAAUCUUUCAAUGGAGAAAAAUAGAAACCUUUCCUUCUAGGAUUAGGAGCAGGGCAAGGAUGCCUACUCUUGUUGAGUGUUCUUAUUACAAUAAUAAUAAUAAUAAUAAUAAUAAUAAUAAUAAUAAUA